UUCCGGCCUUCCAGCGCCUGCGCGCCUGGCACGGCGAUGGCGGAGCGGGAGGUGUCGGCCAGCGUUCGGUCGCGGUCACUCUUCCUGUGGGACGACGGGACCCCGAUGCGGUUCUACGUGCGCCCCGGGCAAGCCAAGCUGCGCCUGGCGCCCCUGGUGCUGGCGGGCGGCGGGCGGCUGUGUCGCCUGCAGGAACCGGGGGCUUUGCUGCUGGCAGAGCCCGGCGAGGCGGCGCCCUCCGGCGCUGUCUCCACCGCGUACGUGGCGGAGUGCGUGGAGCGCAACCAGCGGCUGCCAUUGGACCCGUUCCGGCUAUCUCCCGCGCCUCCCGCACUGGCCGCCGCCGAGCCCCGCGGGCGCCUGUCCUUCACGGAGGAGGAGGACGCGGCGCUAGUGCGGGCGGUGCGCGGGCGGCGCCGGGCGCGGGUGAGCGGCCGGGCGCUCUGGAAGGAGUUGGAGCGAGCCGGUCUGACGCGGCACAGCUGGCAGGCCAUGCGCGACCGUUACCUGCGGCACCUGCGGCCGCUGCUGGGGGAACCCCAGAGGAUGGACGAGCCCACAGAAAUCAUUGGACUGUUCGCGGCAGCUAACCGGGAGUUCGAGAGCACGGAGUCAGGAAGUGAUACUUCGGACAUUUCAGAAGAACUUUCUACACAACAUGGAGAGGAAAAGUCCCCAGGAGAAACAUCAUCUGGUUUGAAAACUGGACUGGAGUGCUCUGCUCUCCCUGACACACAAUUACAAAGGGAAGAAAGACCAACAAACACUUGCUCUUCUUCCAGUUUGGUGAGAGAAGCAGUAAAAACUAUGCAGCACUUCAUGGAGAAGUUCAGCACAGACCUGUCCACUGUUACACAAGCCUUUCUGAAAAACACUGGUGAAGUGGAGAGUACUUCAUACUUCCUGCAGACAGGGAAGCGCUUGGACGGGUAUCCUAUAUGGAAAAGAGAGGAUGAUUUGGACUUGCAAAAAGAUGAUGAACAUGUCAGAAAUAAGUUGAUAGCAAAAUUUGGAGCUGAAAACGUAGCAAAGCGGGUAGCAUUUAGGAAAAGUUAGCAAUAUAGAAGUAAAUGACAGAUCUAGGAAUGGGGCAGGAACUUGAAAAAAAGUCAUUCCAGAAAUGCAAAAGUGAUGAAAAAUUUCAUGCAACAUUCAUAAGUUUCAGAAAUGCUUUAAAAUAUUUUUUAAGCCUAUUUUGUAUUUCAUUUUUAUUUGUAGUACAGAGUACACUAGACAGUUAAAAAUAGAAAAAGGUGAAGAGGAAGGUUCAAUGCUGUAUUAAGUUUUCACUGAAAAUUUACUAUCAAGUGUGUAUCUAUUAUAGAAAACAGGUGACAAGUUCUACCUGUAGAUUGCUGCAUGCAAGGGAUUUUGAAAAGGGUUGUCACCAAAAUCUAAGUCACAUUAGGAAUUAAUUAAGAAAAUGACAAUUUAAAGCCAAAUCUGAAAUAUAUCAAAUGUCAAGAAUAAGUCAAUCUAUCAUGAGACUGCUACUUGAGAAAACCACUGUCCU